AAUUAUUGAUUAGUGGUGAUUCGUACUUUUUUACAUAAUAUCAAAAUGUAUGUCGAAAUGAUUUCAGAUCUACUUGAUUUGUUCAAUAAACUAUUAAAUUUUAUGACUGAAGUUGGAGUUUUAGAAUCUUUUACAUUUGUACAUUCUGCCAUAAAUCUGAACUUGCAGCAUGAACAAUUUCUUAAAAGAAUUCAAUCAUCAAUUGAUGAAUUGAAGAAAUGGUUACAAAAUGUUUGUACAGAAUGGAAAGCAGAAGAUUUAGCGUCUCUUGGCAAUGUAAUAGAGCCACCAAUGACACCUAAUAAUAUAGAUCUUAACAUGAAUGGCACUGAUUAUAUUACUCCACUUAUCAAAGAAAAAAUAGAUUCUGUGCUAGGUUUUCGAAACCCAGUUAGUCCGAUUUUAUGGAGUGUUGGAUUAAGACCUAUACAAGAUAGUAAUUCUAAAGAUGGAUUUGAAAUAGAUGAUGAUCAAAGACUGCCCACAGAUUUUGUUGCUCCAUCUUUUGGAGAUUAUGGAAGCCCUUCAUCAGAACCUUGGAAUGUUUUUCAAGAAUCUAAUUAUGAUCUGGACCAAACAAACAUGGAUGAAAAAGGUCCUCAAACACCAAAUAUUAAAUUAUAUAGAAAGGAAGAAGAACCAGAUGUUAUACAAGACAUAAGUUCAAAUUCAACAUGUUUUCCUAAUGAUAUUAACCAAAUUGAAAAUUUAUUUCCUUGCCAAAAAUGUAAAAACCAAUUCGGGUCCUUUGAAGAGAUGGAAGAACAUUUAAAAACCCAUCAGCUUAAAUCAAAAUUCACAAACCAACAUUUAACUUGUGCUUAUUGUAAUAAGACAUUCUAUCAAAAAAGCAAUUUACGUCUGCAUAUGUUGAUCCACGAAAACAUCAAACCAUACGCGUGUUCGUACUGUGAUCGGCAGUUUACUCAAAAAGCCACAAGAGAUACACACUUAGCUAAACAUACUGGCGAAUAUUUAUAUUUGUGUUACGUUUGUAAUAAAAAAUAUGCUACUAAAGGAAAACUAGAUUUUCAUAUGAAGACUCAUCAAGAAGCACAAUAUGAAUGCACAUUGUGCAAUAAACGAUUUUCUACUCAGCAGUAUUUAAAUUAUCACAUGAAAGUACAUCCAGAUCAGAAUACAAGUGGAUUCAAUUGCGAUGUAUGUCAAACAGAGUUUAAGAAAAGAAGAUCUUUACUUGCACAUAGAAAACAAGAACAUCCAUUUUGCAUGUUUAAAUGUCCAACUUUUGAAUGUGAUAAGGAAUUUUCUACUGUCCAGUUGUUAAAUAGACAUAUUAAACGAUUACAUGAAACAAAAGAAAGGGGUGUAAUUUGUUCAGAAUGUGGAAAAUCAUUUGAUUUUCCAAAUUACUUACAAAAACACAUUGUUCGAGUUCACGGGCCAAAACGUUUACCAAAAUUUAAAUGUCGACAGUGUCCCUUGCGUUUUGACAAUGAUAUAAUGUUACAUGUACAUAUGCAAUCACAUCCAAAGGAUAAUAAAAAAAAAGAAAUCAAACGUGUGAGUUGUCCUCGAGAUUCUUGUAAUUUAUCAUUUUACAAUCGUGUUAGUCUUCGAUAUCACAUUGCAGAAAAACAUGAUAAUAUUUAUCGGUAUGAAUGUGAUACAUGUCAAAAAAAAUUUGUUCGUAAAAAUCACUACGAAUUACAUAAGGCUGUUCACUUAAAACCAAAUUUUACUUGCAAUAUGUGUUUUAAAAGAUUUCGUAAAAAAAAUCGUUUAGCUGCUCAUUGGAAAAGGACUCAUCAACAAGAGACGUUUGAUUUUGGCAUGCUUUUUAGUGUAGAUACAAUGCAUAAAUUAAAUUUAUAAUAUAAUAAUAUAUUUAAUAAAUUUAGUUCAAGUAUAGUCAAAGAUGAACUUUAUUAGAAUAAGAUGCAAUGUAAACUAAUCAAGUAAGGACAGGGAUGUUUAAGAUGGUUUACUCUUUUGUCUUUUGGAUAUGUUAUGUAAUAAUGUAUCAUGUAUAAAACAUAUUUGAAGUAAUCUAGAAAACAAUUCAGGAAUUCAGGAUUAAUUUAAUAUACAUGUUUUAUUAUUAUUAUUAUUAUUAUUAUUAUGUAGAUCGUAAAUAAUUUAAAGACAACAAGCUUAGACAUGAUGAUUGAAUAUAUUCAUUUUUUUUUCUGGACAAAUUGAAUAUUCAGGUUAUAUAGCUGAUAACAGUAUAAAUCUAUUAGACAUAUUAAUUCAAAUAUCUAUCACCUGUUUAUCAGAUGCUUUUUCUCUAGGUAAAUUCAAAGUUUUUUGACCAAUUGGCACUAAUUUUUUUACAAGUUUUCUUUGGGCUUUGGCUGUAGACUACAUUUUAUAUUAAAAUUCAAUGCCUUAGUGUUGACUCACACUAGUAUUUUUGUUUACCAAAGUUGAAUAAUUCUAUAAAUUAUAUAAAUAAAAUUAAAAAAUGUAACUUGGUGUGGAUGGAUUAAAUGACUCGUCAUACAUUACUUUGGGAUUUAUGUUUAAUAAAAUAAUAUUUAAUUUAUUAUUUAUUAUUUAAAUUGUCAAAUGUAUAACAAAAAUCUAUGUCUGUAUUUUUAUACAUUUUAGAUUUGAAAACUCCGCCAAUUAUUUUGACAAAGUUUCAGAAAAUGUUCUUGGAGAUCAGGAAAAUAUAUGCACUUAUUUGAAUUGGAUUCAAAAAUAUCCCUAAAUAAGUGCUUUAUCCAUUCUGCUACAGUGGAAUUGUCCAUCUUGACAGAAUUUAUAAAAUGAGAUAAACUGAUUUACCUUUGAACUAAAACCUAAUUACACUGUUAUACAGCUAUAUUUUUUGUUUGUCCCCUAGUUUGUUUUUGAAAGAUUUUAUUCUAUCAUAGAUUUAGGCAUUUGUUUUGAAUAUGAUCUGUCUUUUAAGUUAAUCAUAAAUAAAGUGUAUAAGAUGUUUGGAUUUUAUUAAUAGAAAAAAUACUUAUUACUUUAAAAAUUCUUUGGAUUUAAAACAUUUAUAUAUUCUUUAGUUAGAUCUAAUCUAGAGUUUGCCUCUUUAAUAUAAUCUAUUAAUUAUUUAAUUUUAAUAAUCUUGAAUAUUCAAUAUGAAUUUCAGAAAAGAAUUGCCUGUGUUACCUAUUGUUCUAUUUCUAGAGACUUCUUUCUUUUGGUUCAAGACUAUAAGUCUUGAUUUGCUUACCAUUAGGCAUUUAUUUAAUAAGUAUAAUGUAUAUUUAUGAUAUUUUAAAUUGCUAUAUUAAG